AUGUCCGCCGCCCCACCGUCCUACGAACAAGCCACGGCGGACAGCCCCCUCCCGCCCUUCCAGCGCAUCGAGCGGAAUGGAAUUCCACCGAACGCCCGUCGCAGUAUGGAAGAUGAACUACGGGAGUUGCCGCCAGGCUGGGUGCGUACCUACGACCCGGAGACCAAUCAUCAGUUCUUCGUGGACACGCGGGCCGACCCGGCGCCUCGGUCCAUCUGGCAUCACCCCUACGACGACGACGAGUACAUGAAAUCAUUGCCCGCGGAAGAGAGGACGCGUAUCAAGGGCCUUGUGCGCCAUCCUAUGCAGGAGGAUAUCACAGCCGAGACAACGGAUGAUGAAGAAGGGGAGGGGACACAUCACCAAAAUCUCAGUCUUGGGCAUGGUAAACCACAACAGAAGCACAAGCAAACUGGGUUCGGCCGUCGCCUCAAAGACAAGCUCACGGGCUCAACCCACGAACAACGCCUCGCCGCGCGCCAACAACGCGAAAAACAAGAACGGGACCUCUACCGCCAACACCUGCUCUUCCGCACCGGUCUGCAAAAAGCCAUUCAAACCGGCCAACCCCAACUCCUAGGGAAAGACGACAAUGGCUCAGACGUCUACCUCGAGCCUCCCGGGUCGCGGUACCCCGGAGUCAAGAGCGUGCGGCGCAUCAACUCGCAGAUGCAGGAGGUGUUCUACGGCGAGGGUGCAGCGGUGCCGGUAGGGGCGAGACAUAUUCGUCCUGAUGGGUUUUAUGAUGUUGGGCUUAUGCAUGGAAGAUCGGUGGGAAGGCCAUAUCAGACGUACCAGAGGCCCUAUGGGAAUGGAUAUGGAGGGGGGAUAGGCAUGUUUCCCGUGGCGGCGCCGUUGAUUGGGGGUAUGAUGUUGGGUGGGUUGCUGUUUUAG